AUGCUUGUGUUGCUUUUCGUCAUUACAGAUGAUCCCAUUGCAUCCUCGAUCGUUUUCGACCGUCCUCGAUUGUUUUCGAGCGUCCUCGAAAUCUAUCGGGCGUCCUCGAAAUCUAUCAAGCGUCCUCGAAAUCAAUCGAGCGUCCUCGAUUGUUUUCGAGCGUCCUCGAAAUCUAUCGAGAGUCCUCGAUCGUUUUCGAGCGUCCUCGAAAUCUAUCGGGCGUCCUUGAACUCUAUCGAGCGUCCUCGAAAUCUAUCGAGCGUCCUCGAAAUCAAUCGAGCGUCCUCGAUUGUUUUCGAGCGUCCUCGAAAUCUAUCGAGAGUUCUCGAUCGUUUUCGAGCGUCCUCGAUUGUUUUCGAGCGUCCCCGAAAUCUAUCGAAAGUUCUCGAUCGUUUUCGAGCGUCCUCGAUUGUUUUCGAGCGUCCCCGAAAUCUAUCGAAAGUUCUCGACCGUUUUCGAGCGACCUCGAUUAUUUUCGAGCGUCCUCGAAAUCUAUCGAGAGACCUCGAUCGUUUUCGAGCGUCCUCGAAAUCUAUCGGGCGUCCUCGAAAUCUAUCGGGCGUCCUCGAAAUCUAUCGAGCGUCCUCGAAAUCAAUCGAGCGUCCUCGAUUGUUUUCGAGCGUCCUCGAAAUCUAUCGAGAGUCCUCGAUCGUUUUCGAGCGUCCUCGAUUGUUUUCGAGCGUCCUCGAAAUCUAUAGGGCGUCCUCGAUCGUUUUCGAGCAUCCUCGAUUGUUUUUGAGCGUCCUCGAAAUCUAUCGAGUGUCCUCGAUCGUUUUCGAGCGUCCUCGAAAUCUAUCGAGAGUCCUCGAUCGUUUUCGAGCGUCCUCGAAAUCUAUCGGGCGUCCUCGAAAUCUAUCGAGCGUCCUCGAAAUCAAUCGAGCGUCCUCGAUCGUUUUCGAGCGUCCUCGAAAUCAAGCGAGCGUAGCCGUUGGAUUCAAUUAA